AUGAAAGAAAAUAAACAAAUAUUAUUUGAAAAGGUAUACCCUGAAUACAAUUGUAUGAGAAUACACUUUGACGUGUUAGACUCUACACAAUUAUUUAGCAAAAGAAAUAAAAAAUUCUUUAUAAAAAGUGGGAAAUUAAAAGAAAACAAUACGAUAAUUAUUAGUUGUAAUAUUCAAACGAACGGUAUAGGGACCAGAGAUACUAAAAGAAAUAUGGAUCGUUAUUGGUUAUCUGAUAAGGGGAAUUUAUUUAUUUCAUUUAUAUUUUUAUGGAAUAAAAAUCAGAUGAAUAAAAUAAAUUGUUUAGCUCAAACAUGUACAGUAGCUAUAAGUAAAACAAUAGAAUAUUAUAAUUUGAGAACACAAAUAAAAUGGAUAAAUGAUGUUUUAAUUGAUUAUAAAAAAAUUGCUGGAUGUUUAGUAAAUUUACAAUAUUUAGAUGAUAUACACUUUACGGAUAUCUAUUCUAAUUAUGUUUAUAUUAUAUGUGGUAUAGGUAUUAAUGUAGAAUUAAUGGAUGAUUAUAAUUUGUUAACUACAAAUUUUACAUCUAUUAAAAAAGAACUAAUUAAUUCAUCCAAUGAAAAAAAAAAAAUAUAUUCUAUACCAUCAGUUGAACAAGUUACAGAAAAAUUAAUAAACAACUUUUUUCUUACUAUUAAUAAAUUAAGUAACCAUGGUUUUUCUUCAUUAUUAGAUUACAUAUCUAUACGUCUUUUAUAUAAAGAAAAAAAAGUUGUUAUUGAUCAAGAUAAUAAUACAAUUACUGGCUACUUGGAAGAUUUGUCUGAUGAUGGUUCUAUAAUCUUAUUGGAAGAGAAGACUAGUAAAAUUGUGUAUAUAAACCAUGGACAUUUGUUCUCACAUGAACAAUGGAACAAAAAAUAA